AUGUCUACCCUCCCCCUCACUAUCUUCUUCCUCGGCGCUACUGGAUUCGUGGGUGGCGAAGUCCUGCGGCUGCUGGCCUCCGACUUACCUGACUUCCCCGUUCGUGCGCUGGUCCGCAAUGUCACUUCUGAGAAGGAGACCGAACUACGCCGACUACAUCCUAACAUACGAAUCGUCGAGGGUACCCUCAACAGCGAUGCACUCAUCCGGGAGGAGGCCUCUAAAUGCGACAUCGUCAUCAACACCGCGUCGUCCGACCAUCAUCCGAGUGUCCUCUCCACCCUCGCCGGCCUCACUACCCGCUCCGCCGCCAACCCCGCCAACCCACCCAUCUACAUCCACAUCUCCGGCGCCGGCAUCAUUGAAGACAACGCGCGCGGCGAGCUCCUCACGCCCAGCCACAUCUGGUACGACACCGACAUGGACCUGCGCGCCGUCAAGGACGUCACGCACAUCGUCUCCGACCUCGAUAUCGUCAAGGCCGGGACGAGGACGGAGAACCGCAUCCGGACGAUGAUCCUCUUCCCUGGGUGGAUCUAUGGAGUCGGCUCGGGCGUACAGAAGGUAACGAUGCCCAUCCGCCUCUACGUCGACUUGGCCAUACAAGCGGGCCACGCCGGGACUUUCGGAAACGGCAAGAAUGCCAUGGGCGAGAUACACGUCAAGGACGUCGCUUCCGCCGUCCUCACCUGCCUCAAAGCAGCCCUUGAAGGCAACGCGGACGAGGGAGCAGCAGGCCUCUAUUUUGUCCUUCAUCCACGGAUGGCUGUGAUGAAGGACAUUAUGACGGGUAUCGGCAACGCGAUGAAGGUUCCAGGUUGCGAGCCGCUUCCGGCUCGUAUAACCGAUGCAUGGGGCGAAUUUGGUUGGGCUUUGCUCGGUGGUACAAUCUGGGGUCGCGGAGAGCGUCUCAAGAAAGUGGGCUGGCGACCAACUCACACAGAGAAGAUCACACUGCAAUCGUCCCUCCGAGACGAGGUGGGCAUGGCACUCGCGAACCUGGGCGAUUUGAGGCCACCUGAUUAUUCGGACGCCACCAUGUAG